CAAUCAGUGGUAUCGAUCGAGCGCUUUCUGGGUGCAGAGCACUGCGCUGAGCGCUUGGGAGAGUCCAGUCCAGCCAUAGAGACGCUCCCCGCCGAGAUGACGCCGUGACGCUUGACCUACGGGUCUCAAGAUGGCCGAGGCCGAAGAAGGAGCGGCCGGAGCCCCGGACCCCCGGAGGAAGAGCCGGGAUUUUCCACCCGGAUCCAGCAGCGAUGAAGAAUUCGAGCUGAUCCUGUGGCACCUGCGGACCCCGCGGUCCCUCGGAAGCAGGAGGAGGAGCGGCGGCCGGCUCCGCGACGUAUUGGACUCCGACCCAGAGCUGUCGCCCAGCGCGGCCUACGGGACCAGACGACCCCGCGGGGUGACCAGAGCCCCGCCGGCGAGGCCGAGGCCGGAGCCCCCCGCCGCCCCGGCCCGGAGGAGUUGCGGCGAGCUGAGCGACGGAGUGGAGGGGUCCUCGGAGCGUCCCGCGUCGGGGGAUGGAGAGGAGGCGGCGGAGAGGCCGGGGGCAGAGGCCGCUCUCCCCACUCCCGCCGCCGCCGCAGGCCCGGACUCGGACAGUUCGGAGGAUGAGUUCGAGUCCAUCGUGCACCUGAUACCGAGGCCGGCGCGAGGCCCGGCCCGGACCCCCCGGACCCCCCGAACCCCGAGCAUCCGGGCUCCGGCGAGGCCGAGGCCGGAGCCCCCCGCCGCCCCGGCCUGGAGGAGUUGCGGGGCGCUGAGCGACGGAGAGGAGGGGUCCUCGGAGGGUCCCGCGCCGGGGGAUGGAGAGGAGGCGGCGGAGAGGCCCGGGCCGGAGGCCGCUCUCCGCACUCCCUCCGCCGCCGCGGGUCCGGACUCGGACAGUUCGGAAGAGGAGUUCGAGUCCAUCGUGCACCUGAUACCGAGGUCGGCGGGAGCCCCGGCCCGGACCCCCCGCACCCUGAGCAUCCGGGCCCCAAUAAAGGAAGGUGGCAAACCGCCCUCGUGCCCGAGGAAGGUGUCUCGGUCGUCCAGCCCCCCUGACCGCAGAGACGCCGAGGAAUCGACACCCCUCCCCGACUUCAAGGGUCCGCGGGCAUGUUCUGUGCCCGGCUGUUUCCUGCCCCAAAUCUCCGCCUCCUCCGGGGCCCGCGGCAGAAAGUUCCAAGAGGAGAAGAAAAGUCUGGUCAAGAGACUCUACCAGCUCUACAACACCACCGUCUUCGAUUCCAAGUUACCCGAGGACAUGGAGAUCACCUGGAACAAGAAACUGCGAAUGACGGCGGGUUUCUGUGCCACGGGGCAGAAGGCAGGGCAGCGCCACGCCCGCAUCGAGCUGUCCGAGAAGGUCUGCGACAGCGCCGAACGGCUGCGGGACACGGUGAUCCACGAGAUGUGCCACGCCGCCACCUGGCUCGUCUUGGGCGUCCGCGCCGCCCACGGCCCCGCCUGGAAGGCUUUCGCCCGCAGGGCCUCGGCCGUGCACCCGGAGCUGCCCAAGGUCACCCGCUGCCACAGCUACCGGAUCAACUACAAGUUCACCUACGAGUGCGCCCGCUGCGGGCACAGGAUCGGCCGUCACUCCAGGUCCCUGGACCCGCGGCGCCACGUGUGCGGCCGGUGCCGGGGCCCCCUGGCCCUGCUCCCUCAGGCCGGGAGGGGAGACGGGACCCCCAGGCCGCUCACCCCCUUCGCCCGCUUCGUGAAAAGCCACUACGCUUCGGCCCGGAGGGAGCUGGCCGGACAGAGCCACGGACAGAUCAUGCGCCAGCUCGGCGCCGACUUUGCUUCCAAAAUUCAUCUCCAGGAGCCGUGAGACAACCCCCCAACCCCGCGCCCCGAUCCCGCCCCCCGUCCCGGAGACCCCCGGGGCCUCGGGCCCCGGAACCCCGUUUCAGUUUUAAUAAACGGGCCGUCCCGCCCGACCCCCA